AGCGGCCUGCCGUGUGUGUGUGUCUGUUUUUGUUGGUCACUUUAAUUCGCCACAUACACACACUAUCAAACAGAAAGAGGAAAAAAAUUGCGUUAAUCCUGCAACGUUUCUGUUGUUUUCUUCCCACAUCCUUUCAUCCAGCAGCUUCCAGAGAUUUUUCCCUUUGGUUUAAUAAUAGCGAAGGUCGUAAUUUUUCAUAGCCAGAGGGAACUUAUAGAGAAAGAUAUCAAGAAAGUGGUCCGGGAAUGAGUUUUCCGAGGCGAAACUGGACCUGGAAACCGUCGCCGAGGACUAGCGAUCUUUCCUAGGAUGAGUCUGCGUCGGAGUCAAAGGUCAAACCGCGGGCUAGCAUGAGCGAGAGUGCAAGGGAGACACACAGACAGACAGACAGAGAGAGGGAGACGAGACGAGUGGAGCUCCCAUAUGUGCCAACAACAAUUGCUACAAAACUAUUAACAUUUCACGCUUGAGGGAGCGAUAAAAGUCUGAUACGGUUGAUAACAAAGUAAACUAGCAACAGCACAGCAACAUCAACGUUUUACACACAAGACGACGAGUCACAUCAACAUAUCUUUACUAAAUCAACAAAUAAACAGGGUACUAAUAUGAACGCUCCGCACUAGCACAUAACAUUAGUUUCCACCACAACAGAGGAUAAUCAACCCCCAAAACCGCCAAAAUCCGCAGUUAACCAAGGACUAUAGCACGGCCACAAACGAUAGUUAACACAGAUCGAAGGAAUCAUGACCUUCUCGACCUUCACACGCAAAAUGCGCGGGCGCAUGCGCUCCAACACCUGCCGCAUCGUCCUGCUCACCUCGCUCGUCUGGGUGAUCUUCGAUUUCGUGCUCAUUGCCCGCUACUCGGACUGCAUCGGCAAGGAUGGCUGGCGCUGCAAGCGUUCCGGCGAGUACGACGUGGAGCUGCCCAAUGCCGAGCGUCUGGUGGACGACAAUCAGCUGGUGGACGACAAUGAGAUAAAUACGGAGAAGUCCCUCGAUGGCGAAUCGGGUGGUGCUCUGAUCAUGGGCCAAGGCUUUGCCUCGGGCGGCAUCUCGAUGACCUAUCCUAGCGUGGUGCUUAAGAAGUGGUUCCUGGCGCCAAGCGUGCAGGAAGCCAAGGGCAAGCCGGGCGAGAUGGGCAAGCCGGUUAAGAUACCCGCCGACAUGAAGGAUCUCAUGAAGGAGAAGUUCAAGGAGAACCAGUUCAAUCUGCUGGCCAGUGACAUGAUUUCGUUGAAUCGCUCGCUGACUGAUGUGCGACACGAAGGUUGCCGCCGCAAGCACUAUGCCUCCAAGCUGCCCACCACUUCCAUUGUGAUAGUUUUCCAUAACGAGGCCUGGACAACCCUGCUGCGAACAGUCUGGAGUGUUAUUAAUCGCUCGCCGCGCGCCCUCCUCAAGGAGAUUAUCCUGGUGGACGAUGCCAGCGAACGGGACUUCCUGGGCAAGCAGUUGGAGGAGUAUGUGGCCAAAUUGCCGGUUAAGACAUUUGUGCUGCGUACAGAGAAGCGUUCAGGACUGAUCCGCGCCCGUCUCCUGGGUGCCGAGCAUGUGAGCGGUGAGGUCAUCACCUUCCUGGACGCCCAUUGUGAGUGCACGGAAGGCUGGCUCGAGCCUCUGCUGGCGCGGAUUGUGCAGAAUCGUCGAACGGUUGUGUGCCCGAUUAUUGAUGUGAUUUCCGAUGAGACAUUCGAGUACAUAACGGCCUCGGAUUCCACGUGGGGCGGCUUUAACUGGAAGCUCAACUUCCGCUGGUACCGAGUGCCAUCGCGGGAAAUGGCGCGCCGGAAUAACGAUAGGACCGCUCCGCUGCGAACUCCAACCAUGGCCGGUGGGCUGUUCUCCAUCGAUAAGGAUUACUUCUAUGAGAUUGGCUCCUACGACGAGGGCAUGGACAUUUGGGGCGGCGAGAAUCUGGAGAUGUCGUUCCGUAUUUGGCAGUGCGGCGGCAUUUUAGAAAUAAUACCCUGCUCCCACGUGGGCCACGUGUUCCGUGACAAAUCGCCGUACACCUUCCCCGGCGGCGUGGCCAAAAUUGUGCUGCACAAUGCGGCCCGGGUGGCCGAAGUUUGGCUGGACGAGUGGCGUGAUUUCUAUUAUUCGAUGAGCACAGGAGCUCGAAAGGCAUCGGCUGGCGAUGUGAGCGAUCGUAAAGCUCUGCGAGAUCGCCUCAAAUGCAAGAGCUUCCGCUGGUAUCUGGAGAACGUUUAUCCCGAGAGCUUAAUGCCCUUGGAUUACUACUAUCUAGGAGAGAUUCGAAAUGCGGAAACGGAAACCUGCCUGGACACGAUGGGCAGGAAGUACAACGAGAAGGUGGGCAUUAGCUAUUGCCACGGCCUGGGCGGCAAUCAGGUGUUCGCCUACACCAAGCGCCAGCAAAUCAUGUCCGACGAUCUGUGCCUGGACGCAUCCAGCUCCAAUGGGCCGGUCAACAUGGUGCGGUGCCACAACAUGGGCGGCAAUCAGGAGUGGGUCUACGAUGCGGAGGAGAAGUGGAUUCGGCACACGAACACGGGUCAGUGCUUACAGCGUGCCACGCGGGACGAUGCCAAUACGCCGCUGCUGCGUCCCUGCAGCUACGGAAAGGGCCAGCAGUGGCUGAUGGAGUCCAAGUUCAAGUGGCAGGCUCACUAGCUGGAUGGCAACGUCGCCGGAACGGCCGUCUACAACUAAAGACAACUCAACUCAACAGAUCCUACUAACUAUACUGAGAACUUCCAAUUUAUGUUUAAUCCUAGCCGGCUCCUGUUUUCGACGUUUAUGUAUCCUAAGUUCAAGCGGAUCUAAUAUCCCUCUCUCUCUAUCUUUGUGUGCGUGAAUGUGUGUAGGCGGCCGGAGGAGUCCUUCGGCAGCAGGAUGUCUUCCCAAAAUCUUGAUGCGCGUGUGUGAAUGCGUGAGAGUCAGUGCUACAAUUCAGAUAUACAUAUGUAUAUAUAUAUCUGUUUACAUGAUGUGCAUGUAUAUGUGUUUAUAUAGGCAGGCAGUUCUACGAUUUACCUAGGUAUACUAUAUAAUUGUAAUGUAUAUUUACAUUAGCUUCGACCAAGUACCAAUAAAUUGGCAUUUAACUGACGUUUUGUGCUUCACAGAAUAUAAUUUUAAAGUACAUAAAUUGAGCCCCGCAAUUGCAGGCCAAGCAAUUGCCACAAGUGUGUCAUAGCAGAGCAUAAUGUAAUCCAAAUACUAAAACGAAAAGGUUCUAAUCCCCCCCUUUUCGCCGGAACCCAAGCACACGACAUUCCUAGCUAGAAUUUUACUUGAUUUGAUUUUACUUUAAGUCACUUUAUGGGUUGUCCCUUGCGCGCACCUAUCAAAAAUAUCAGAGAAUCUGUUGCUUUGUACCAAAAUAACGCGCUAUUCAUAUCACAAAUGGAAAUUACACGAAAAUGCUUCUAAAAACCAUAAUCAUUAUACAAUGAAAAUAUGAUAAAAAGGAAAAAAAAUCUGUCAAAAUUGCACGCAUAUCAUAAAUACAGUGUAAAAAUAUUUAUAAGCUACAUUCAAACGAGAACUAAACAAAAACAUUGUAAAUAUUAUUAAUGUAGCUAUUAAAAAUAUACAUUUAAAUAUAACAUCUAUGUAGUACCUAUAUGACAUAUGCAAAGCAAGCAAAACUGUACUAUAAAUUGCAUUUAGUUCUAGGCUUAACGUUAAGUUCUAAAUUAAAUUUAGAUUUAGUCAACGUUUUGCCGAACAUCAACAAUAGCUCUCGACUAAGUAUUGCUCAAAAUUUAGGAACUCACUCUCUCAGCUAUUGUGUAAAUAUUUCGAAAAGUAUUUAAUCAAAAGUACGAUAACCUGACUACGAGCGAAAUUCCACAGACGAUCCUUGAAAGCAGCAAACCGAUAAGACAGACGCAGGCCAAGUAAAACUUUUUAGCUAAAUUUAUUUUUAAAAUCGAUUAUGUGUGGCGAGAACCCAUAGUUAUAGAGAAACGACGAUAUAUACACAUACGGCAAAAUAGGAACUAUUUUAACUGGUGACGGUGCAAUUUUUAAUUAACAUUUAAAGUGAAAAAGGAACACGAUCCAACGAAGCAACACAGACAGGCAGGUUCACCGAUCCACAACAACCGAAAACAAUCCUAUAACUUGUCCUUACAAAUGUCGUGCGAGACAGUUAGAUAUGGCCUACACUAAAACUAUAUCAUAGCUGCCUCUAUGUUUUAUAUUGUUGAUUUGUAUAUUUAGCUAAAUAUAGGUUUCCCAUUACUCAAUUGUAAAACCUCUCAGAAUACAAAUCGAACGGAUAAUAGAAUAACGGAAAACUGAAUUGUAAGCCAA